AUGGCUCCUACUGCCGCUCAUGCCACAGAGAACAUUAUCUCGUCCAUUGACGUGGAUUCUAUGCCGCCUUUCUGGCGACGGAAGAAUGGUAUUCUGCUAUACUUCCUGCUCACUUCGUCUCUACUAGCAAGUGCGGCUCUCGGCAUUGAUGGGUCCAUGACAAACGGCAUGCAAGUCUUGGAUUCCUGGCAAGAUCGAUUUGGACACCCAGAAGGUGCUACAUUGGGUUUCUUUGGAGCCUCGAACGCCAUUGGUGGUGUCAUCCCAUUUAUCUUUCUCAGCUGGAUUAGUGAUAAAUUCGGUCGUCGCCUACCCACUGCGCUAGGGUCUGUUGUCAUCAUUGUUGGUGUGCUUGUCGAAUUCUUUGCCACUUCUUUGAACAUGUACAUUGGCGGCAAGAUCGUUCUAGGUGUGGGAUCUUCGCUCAUCCAGAUGGGCGCACCUGUUUUGAUCACAGAGCUGUCCCACCCCAAGGAACGUGUACAAGUCACUACUUUCUACAAUACAUCCAUCGUUCUUGGCUAUGUGAUUGGAGCCUGGGCAACGUAUGGUUGUUACAGGAUCACCAGUCAGUGGUCAUGGCGGCUCCCUACUUUGAUCCAAGUUGCUCCCUCGGCCUACCAAUUCUGCCUCAUUUGGUUCUGCCCCGAGUCUCCCCGUUGGUUGAUUGCAAAGGGUCGUUUCGAAGAAGCCCGUAAGAUCUUAAUCAAGUUCCAUGGUGAAUGUGACCCCAACUCGGAGCUGGUCGCGGUGGAAUGCGCCGAAAUUCAGCAGGCCAUCGACAAAGAAGCAGAGAACAACAUGAGCUGGAAGGACUUCUUCUCCUCUCGCGCCAACCUCAAGCGCCUGUUCCUCUGCUUCGCCACAGCCGUUUUCAGUCAGAGCUCAGGCAACCUGCUCGUCUCGAAUUACUUGACCCAGAUCUUGAAAGACACGGGCCUGAAGACCCAGUCCGAAAUUACACUUGUGAACGGAAUGGUUACUCUCUGGCAGUAUUUCGUCGCGAUCUUCGUUGCACUGGUCAUCGAUAAAUUCCGCCGUCGAUUCUUCUUUCUUACCGGUUCCGGUGGUGUUGUUGUCACUUUCGUCGUGUGGACAAUCGCUGCCCAGCAAUAUCUUGAGCACAACUCUAUAGUGGCCGGUCGUGUCGUGAUUGCCUGUAUCUUCUUCUUCCAGGCAUUCUACACUUUCGCGUGGACCAAUCUGAUUGUCACUUAUUCGCUGGAAGUUGUGACACUUCAGAUGCGCGCUAAAACAUGGGCAUUUGUGCUCCUGACUAUUCAGGUGGCCUCGAUCUUCGGAAGCUAUGUCAACCCUAUCGGCCUCAAGAACCUUGGCUGGAAGUUUUACAUCUACUACUGUGUCUGGGUGCUUGUUGUCUUCCUCGUGGUCUACUUCUUCUUCGUUGAGACGGCCGGUCCUACGCUCGAAGAACUCGCUUAUCUGUUUGAGGGCGAGGAUGUCAAACGUGGAGUUGUUGACAAGGUCGCGGUGCAAAAGGAACAAGUACAAUAUGAAGAGCACGUGGAGACCAAGUCGGCGUGA